UUAAUUAUUCUAAUUUUUCAAUUUCAUGAAGCUAAAGCAUUUUUGUGUGAUAAAACGGAGAAUACAUUAAAUAGUUAGGAUUGUUGUGUUCUUCAUGUAGGAGAUAUCCGGCCUAAUACUUUUUCUUCACCUUACAGAAAAUAAUAAUCAUCCAACAUGCCCCGAAUCAUGAUAAAGGGCGGCGUUUGGCGCAACACCGAGGAUGAAAUCCUCAAAGCGGCUGUAAUGAAAUAUGGCAAAAACCAGUGGUCACGAAUUGCAUCGCUAUUGCAUAGAAAGUCAGCUAAACAAUGCAAGGCCCGUUGGUACGAGUGGUUGGAUCCCAGUAUCAAGAAGACGGAAUGGUCCAGGGAGGAGGACGAAAAGCUUCUGCAUCUCGCCAAGCUGAUGCCAACUCAAUGGCGGACAAUUGCACCAAUUAUUGGACGUACUGCAGCACAGUGCUUAGAAAGAUAUGAAUACUUAUUGGACCAAGCACAAAAAAAGGAGGAAGGUGAGGAUAUGGGAGACGAUCCCCGUAAGCUCAAGCCUGGUGAAAUUGAUCCAAACCCAGAAACAAAACCUGCAAGACCUGAUCCCAAGGAUAUGGAUGAAGAUGAACUUGAGAUGCUAUCAGAAGCAAGAGCUCGUCUAGCAAACACACAAGGCAAGAAAGCUAAAAGGAAGGCGAGAGAAAAGCAAUUGGAAGAGGCCCGCAGGCUCGCUGCAUUGCAAAAGAGAAGGGAACUGAGUGCUGCCGGUAUUUCUGUUCCACUAAGACGUAAAAAGAAGCGUGGAGUUGACUACAACUCUGAGAUACCAUUUGAGAAGCGGCCAGCUGCUGGGUUUUAUGACACAUCCGAAGAGGUUGUGGACCCCAUGGCUCCAGACUUUUCCAGGCUUCGUCAACAACAUUUGGAUGGAGAAUUGCAUUCCGAAAAGGAAGAACGUGAUCGUCGCAAGGACAAGCAGAAACUUAAGCAACGUAAAGAGAAUGACGUGCCGCAAGCCAUGCUGCAGGGAGAUCAACCAGCAAGGAAACGGAGCAAGCUGGUGUUGCCAGAGCCACAAGUUACUGAUCAGGAGCUGCAACAAGUGGUGAAGCUGGGGCGCGCGUCGGAGGCGGCGCGUGAAUCGGCCGGCGAGGCGGGCGCGGCGACGGACGCGCUGCUCGCGCACUACGCGCUCACGCCGGCGCCCGCCACCGCGCUGCGCACGCCCGCCGCGCACCACGACCGUAUCCUUAUGGAGGCCCAGAAUGUUAUGGCACUCACUCACGUCGAUACUCCAUUGAAGGGUGGUCUGAACACUCCUUUACACGAAUCAGACUUUUCUGGAGCUCUACCACAAUCACAGGCGUUGGCCACACCCAAUACGGUACUUGCAACCCCAUUCAGAUCAUCUCGCAGUGAAGUCUCUACACCAGGUAGCUUUGCGACUCCCGGACAUGGCCAAGCCCAACCAGGAUUGACAACACCAGGAUUACGAGAUAAACUAAGCAUUAAUCCAGAGGACAGAAUAAGUGCUGGUGACACGCCAGCAGAGCAUCGUCAGAUACAAAAACAGUUGAAAUCGACAGUCCGUAGCGCAUUGUUGUCGUUGCCCACCCCACGGAAUGACUAUGAGAUAGUAGUGCCGGACCAGGAUAAUGAUGAACAGAUGGACACCUCCAAGGAGAAUGGUGUUGAGGACCAAGCUGAUAAGGAUGCUAGAAUGGCAAAAGAACAGGAGGAGAAACGGCAGGCGGAGCUGGCGCUGCGCAGCGCGGCGGUGCGGCGCGGCGCGGCGCGGCCGGCGGCGGUGGUGGCGGCGGGCGCGCGCGGCGCCGCGCCGCUCAACGCGCUGCAGCGCGCCGAGGAGCUGCUCAAGGCGGAGAUGCUCACCAUGCUGCACUACGACGCGCUCAUGGACCCGCUCGACGACAAGAAGGCGGUGCAGCAGCAGGCGGCGCACCUGGCGCACCUGGAGCAGCACCCGUACGAGCAGUUCAGCGCGGAGGAGCUGCGGGCGGCGCGCGCGCUGCUGCGGCGCGAGGCGGACGCGGUGCGCGCCGGCAUGGGCCACGGGGACCUCGGCCUCGACGCCUACACGCAGGUCUGGGAGGAGUGUCUCGCGCAGGUCCUAUUCCUACCAGGACAAAAUCGGUACACUCGGGCUAAUCUCGCGAGUAAAAAGGACCGACUUGAAUCGGCUGAGAAGAGAUUGGAGCAGAAUCGCAGUCACAUGGCCAAGGAAGCCAAGAAAUGCUCUAAGAUGGAGAAAAAGCUAAGAGUACUGACGGGUGGAUACCAAAGCCGGACCGCGUCGUUGAUAAAGCAGUUCCAGGAGCUGCAGGACCAGAUCGAGCAGGCCAAUCUGGAACUGUCCACUUUCAAGUUUCUCGCUGAACAGGAAAAGGCCGCUAUUCCCAGGAGGAUAGAGUCAUUAACUGAAGAUGUGAAUCGUCAGACUGAACGCGAAAAACAACUUCAGAAGCGAUAUUCGGAGUUGCAAGCGGAGUUGGAAGAAAUCCACAAAAAGAAAACCAAUACUGAAAUAAGGACUGAAUAAUUUUAUCAGAUAAUUACAGUGACAUGGACGAGAAUAUGUUUGAUAAUACAAAAUGUGUGUUCGUUUGUGUGGUUGUGCUAGAGGAACGAAUUAAGACAUAGAUUUCUAUCUUUUAUUUAACAGUUGCAUAUUAUUUUUACUUUAGAUAAAAUCGCAUUGACAAGUAGUAAAAAUAAUUUAAGAGGCUGGUUUCAACAUUCGUAUUUUUCAUUCGCAAUUUUCAUAAACUAUUUGUCUUAUUAACUAACAGAUAAGUUAAACACAACACAUUCAUGUGAAACCAGUCACAUAAGACACAGUCACAUAUCUAUUCGUUUCAUCAUAUUGCCUUCUUUAAAAAUUGUUAUCGUGUACUAUUCACAUUUUAUACAAAUACACCAAAUUUUAUAAUUUAAAAAAGAGAAAUUCUUAUAAAAUGUAUGCAAACUACGUGACUUGAAUUAUUUACAUACAUAUAUAGUUUUUUGUCUUUACGUGCAUCAAAUACAAUUUAACUAUAGGAUUGCAUUUUCCUUUAUGAACUACAAACACAAAGUU